AUGACGUCAUACGCCGAUUUUCACUACGAAUUCAAUCGAUAUUCCCUAUUUGCAAUUGUAACUGGAAUCUACAGUAUGCCCACAGUAUACAUCCUCAUUAAACUGUCCUACUACUUUUUGUACCGCAAAAAUAAAUGCUACUCAACCGAUCUACAUCCAGUAUUAUUCCGACAAUUUAUGAUCAUGCAAAUCGCGUGUUUUUUCAAUGUUUGCAUCAAGUUUCUCAUUUUUCGAAUACCUCUCACUGGAGUGAUGACAGAAUGGUGUGCCGUGACAAAUCCGUCUGGAGUUUUGGAUUUUCUCAUUUUUAUCAAUUAUGCAAUUUCAUAUUCGAAAGAUUUUUCAAUUAUUUUAUUCUGUGGAAUCAGAUUGUUUUUGAUGUUUUCAUUGAGACACGAUGAGACGCGAAUAAAAUCCCUUCACGUCAUCAUAUUUCCGCUACUCAUAGCUUUUGCAUUCAUACUGGCACUUCCAAGAUAUUUCUCAGAAGGUGAAUGCACUCCACUCGGAGCCCCAUUUCCUCAUGGUGCAAUGAUUAUUUCAAGAGGAGCACAUGAUGAUAAUGAUAGUGAAACGCAUUUAUAUACAAUAAUUGAGUUGACAAUGAAACCGCUGACUGUGGCGCUGGUUAUUUUAUCGAAUGUUUUCAUGGUCUGGAAACUUCGAAGCAAUAAGAAAUCAAACAACACAAUAAUGAAAAAGAAAAAGACGAACGCCGAACGAGUGCUCACUGCGACAAUGAUAUUAAUACUUUUACCAUUAUUGGUCAACGUCAUCAUUGCUCUGUUCGAGUAUUCGGGUUCAUUCGACAGCAUAUUUUUCAUUAUUCGAUCGAUAUGCAUUGAUGCUCAGGCCCAUAUUAUAACAUGUUAUUUUUAUUUGUCCCGAUCUGCUGCCAAGAAAACUAUCUCAACUAGUUUUGCGGCUCGAAGUGAUAAAUGAGAUUUUGUAUUUGAAAGUAUUUCAGUUGCCUUUAAUUUUGCUAAUUCUUAAUGCAUUUGUAUGUAUUAUUUUAUUCAAAUGUUACGUACCAGAUGAUCACAAAAAUCUUUAUUCAUGAUCUUUCAAAACUGUAAUCGAUGUUUCACGAGUAUCUUUGAUAAUAUUUCUUUGGAGCAUGAAUUUGAUAAACUCUUC